UGCAACAACCGGAACCAGGAAAACAUCUAGUUAGUUACACGUGCGCCUCUUCAUCGGCUUCAAACAAACGUAUCAUACUAAAAGCUUCAGCUUCUAGUCGAGCACAUCACUGUCCCCUGCCUGACGUCCUGUGUGUGUAAGUCAGUGGGCCAGAUGUCCUUUCCCACCCCGUUGUACUCCCAUGCGGGCCGCAGGCCUUUCACUGACGUGUACGAGCCAGCCGAGGACUCCUUCCUCUUGAUAGAUGCCCUUGAGCAGGAUGCUGACAGACUGAAGAAAAUUAGCCCCUCUGUGUGUCUAGAGGUGGGCAGUGGCUCUGGGGUGGUGUCCGCCUUUCUGGCAUCCGUGAUCGGACCUACAGCUCUAUACCUCUGUACGGACGUGAACCCCGCAGCAGCCCAAUGCACUCUGGAGACGUCUCGCUGUAACGGCGUUAGUCUGCAACCCAUCAUCACUGACUUGGUGGACUCUCUCUUGCCACGGUUGUGUGGAAAAGUGGACGUUCUUUUUUUCAACCCUCCUUAUGUCGUCACACCAUCAGAAGAGGUGGGUAGCCAGGGCAUCGAGGCAGCCUGGGCUGGUGGGAGGUGGGGCCGAGAGGUGAUGGACAGGUUCUUCCCGCUGCUUCCAAAGCUACUGUCCAAUCAGGGAUUGUUUUACCUGGUCACUGUGGCAGAGAACAACCCAGAGGAGAUCACCACUCUGCUGAGGAAGUUUGGCCUGCAGGGGGCGCCUUGUCUGUCCCGACGAACUGGUCCAGAGAGCCUGUCUGUUCUGCGCUUCCAAAGAACAACGUGAUCCUCCCUGUCCCACAGAGGAGACCAUGAACCUGCUGCUCCGACCACAGCGGUUUCAGCUCCAUCUCAACAACCAUGAGUGGUCACCUGAACUUUAACAUAAAUUGAGUGAAAGCCACCGUGGGUUCAUGGGAGCAUUGGUCAAAUAAGUGACCAUGUCUCAAGACUUUAACCCAAUGCACUAUACAAAGGCUAACAGGUUGUCCAUGCUAAGGAGUGUUUAAGUUUCCGUGAACCUGUUUGUUUCGGGAGAGGAUCCAGUCAGUGUCAGUAUUGAAGAUAUGUUGUACAGGUGCAGGUAGAAUUGACAUGCUGACUACACCGGGCAUGCGUAGGUUGAUUUUUUUUCAUCCACACCAGACGCCAUAAGGAGACGCAGGUUAAAAUAUCUAAACGAAGUCUGAACCAACUAUAUUAAUUUGGGGACAGGUUGAAACAUUUAUGGACAUUUAGCUACCUUGCUAUUGCUAGCUGAUUUGUCCUGGGAUGUAAUUAAACAUUGGGUUGUUAUUUUACCUGAAAAGCACAAGAUACUUUUUUUUUCCUGGAUCUUAGUAGAAUUCUGACCCAUUUGAGUCACACACAAUCCAGAUAAAAGGGGAAACCUAGUUAGUUAAGUAAUCUCUCCUUCAGUCUUCUGUGGACUUUAUAUGGUGGUUGGCCACCAACUUUAAGGUGCAUUACCACCACCAACUGGACUGGUGUGGACCUCAGUUCAGCUUUCACUCACUCACAUGGGUAUAUGCUCCUAAAAACCAAUGAGGAGAUGGGAGAGGCGGGACUUGCAGUGCGUCACGUGUCAAAAAUAGUUAUAUUUUAGUGCCUAGCUGCGCAGACGCUCGUGAACAGUUUGGAUGAAAUGAUUGAUUAACGUGUACAUUUAUUUUGCAACGCAAGCGGUGUGGUCAGCAAGUGACUGACCCAAAGAUUGUCUUUGGACUCAUUUCAUCUUAGGGCUCGAUUCAAUCCAUAGCGCUUAAGAUCGGCUAUAUACCGCAGUUGAAAUGUAGAGAUAAUUUCCCGAUUGAGGCAACAUGCAGCGUUUACUGUGAGUGGACGCAGUCCCGCGUACAUGGGAACAUUGCCUUUUAAAUGUCAUAUUCAGCGCUACGGAUUGAAUCGAGCCUUUAGUUGAUUGCAACAAUGUGGUUUCCACAAUCCUACCUGGGAUGCCGACUGCAGUUUUAAAGGUAUAUUUUGUUAUUUUAUGCUCUUUUGGAUCGAGGGGAGACGGGUGAAUGAGUUCUGCUGAAAUAACAUGGGCUGGAUUCAAACACAUGCUGCAACGGAGGCAGCAGUUUAGACCAAGUUUAGACUCAGGCUGCUUACCAUUUGGGACAAAAAGUGUUCCUGUCUGCUUAACAGUGUGGCUCUCCCAUAGUCAACAAUGCAGUAGCAUCUGUUCUGCUUAGUUUGACUUGAAUUGAACAAUAAAAUAAAAAAAAGUGG